AUGCUGACAAGUGUGCAGAACGCAAAGCGAGACUCUAUCGUGAACGCACACAAGCCACUCCCGAGCCCACCAGCUCUACAGGUUGUGGAUUCCUUGAACUCCCCUAAGGCCCGGCGCACGUUCGACGCUGAAUGCCAAGUCAAACAUUCGUCUGUGGAAUGGCCAGCUCUCUCGCCGGAGGAUGUUGCUUCGGAGGGCGAUGAAGAAAGCCUGGAUACUAUUGCUGCUAAUGCCGCAGCUUCCAGCUUUCCUUUCACUGAGUCCGUGUCGCUCCCUGAGCAAUAUGAGCUGGCAACUGGUGCCUUAGAUUAUCCAUAUAGAUUGUCGACGAAUCCUUACGCCCAGAAGACUGAUUCAUUAUCAAUGUCUCCUAUACAACCAUCAUACACCAACAUUGAGGAAGGUUUCGUCCCGCAUCAAAUUAUACAUGCCCUCACGACACGUGAUGAGGAGGCUCUGGAGAGUCCACUUGCCAGGAAAGUCGCUAUUCCGCCGCGUGCCAGCUCAAAGAGAGUUCCUGAACCUUAUGAUGCCACAUCACAAGAGUCACAGAUGGUUCGCGCCGCAGCCACGGCUGCAUCCCGCCGUUGA